UUCUCUUCUUCCUCCACUCCCCUCUCUCUCUCUCUCUCUAGACACGAUGAUGAUGGAGGUCUCCUUCUCCCCUCAAAUCCAGCGUCGUUUUCUCCAUUAACGCCCCCCACCCUCGCGAAGGUUCCUUCUCCUCCCCGUCGCAUUCCGCUCUCUUCUCGCACUCUCUUCUGGUCGGAAAGGGCCGGAAGGAAAUCCCCCGGGGAUUUCGAGGCGAUCUCAUGAACGUUAGGGCCGCGGGGCCUCUCGAUUGCUGUCGCGAUAGUCUGCAGAUAACGGAUCGCUUGGCCGAGCGCGGGCUGCUUCUUCUGCUGUCGACCUUCUGCGUCUUGAUCCGAGGGAGCGCGGAGCUGUUGGAUUCCGUGGAUCCGAGCGACGGGAUGGGUUACCUCAACUCGAUUUUGGCGUCUCCGAGCCAGAUUCACGCCGACGACGCCCCGGUCAGCGGCGGCGGGCUCAGUCAGAAUGGGAAAUUCAGCUAUGGAUAUGCAAGCUCUCCUGGGAAAAGGGCUUCGAUGGAAGAUUUCUAUGAGACAAGAAUAGAUGGUGUAGAAGGGGAGAUAGUUGGUCUUUUUGGAGUUUUUGAUGGUCAUGGGGGUGCACGAGCUGCUGAAUAUGUGAAACAAAACCUCUUCAGUAAUUUAAUCAGGCAUCCAAAAUUCAUCUCUGAUACCAAAUCUGCUAUAGCUGAUGCAUACAACCAUACGGACUCUGAGUUUUUGAAAUCAGAAAAUAAUCAGAAUAGAGAUGCUGGCUCAACUGCUUCCACUGCCAUCCUUGUUGGUGAUCGGUUGCUUGUUGCCAAUGUUGGAGAUUCUAGAGCCGUGAUAUGCAGGGGCGGUGAAGCUAUUGCUGUUUCUCGAGACCAUAAACCGGAUCAAACAGAUGAGCGUCAACGCAUUGAAGAAGCUGGAGGAUUUGUUAUGUGGGCUGGUACCUGGAGAGUCGGAGGUGUACUUGCCGUGUCACGUGCUUUUGGGGAUAGGCUUUUGAAGCAGUAUGUGGUGGCUGAUCCUGAAAUUCAGGAGGAGAAGAUUGACAGCUCACUUGAGUUUCUCAUUCUUGCUAGUGAUGGGCUGUGGGAUGUUGUCACAAAUGAGGAAGCUGUUGCAAUGAUUAAGCCAAUCGAAGAUGCAGAGGCGGCAGCAAAAAGGCUCAUGCAGGAAGCGUACCAGAGAGGGAGCGCAGAUAACAUUACUUGCGUUGUCGUCCGUUUCUUGGCCAAUCAGGGGUGUUCCUCUCAAAGCAGCUCUAUGUAAUCGCCAUCCCACGCCACCACUUGCUCUGAAGGAUUUCUUCCCUCUUUGGUAAAAGCUCUGAUGCUAAAUAAAAGUAUGGUCAAUUAACUUGACAUAGGAUUUCUUCAGUAGCGUAAUACUAAGGUAAAGAUAGAGACCUAAAAUGAAACCUUACCAGACUGCUAAUGUGCAUAUCAGCAGCUUCCUAGAAUAGAACCACGUGUGGAUUUAGUACGUGUACUUUGAGUCUUCUUUAAUCUUAGAUAGAAAUAUUCAUGAGUUGGAGCUGUUUUAUGUCUGUAACUUGUAAAUGUGGUUCCAAGUUCAGUCCUUCAAUAUAUAUGCUCUUUGUUCUUUCUC